GUAUGAUAAAAUCUGCUGUAAUGAACAUAAACAAGAUACAGGCGAUAAUCUAUAUCGGCCGCUGAUAAACCGAGUGAGUAAAUAAAACUGUAUUUAUGAUGCGGUUAAAUUCUGACAUACUUUGUGUUUAGUCUGAAUUAAACAUGGGACCACAUAUAUUUCUGUUGUUGUGCGCUACAUACCUGGCACUUCUCUAUGGCGGUCAGAGUGUGUUUGUUGACCAGGGGAACCCUUACGCCGAUGGACCAUUACGUGUUGGCGAGUUAAGUCUAGCGAAGACUAUUGUGAAUAGUUCGCUUCACAGCAAAGUAUUCUUUCCACUGAAACCUGACACCUACGCGGCUGUUUAUUUUAUUGGAGGACUAGGAGGGCUGGUUCCCACGGAGACGUACGAGAUCUUUCUAUCAAAAGUAGCUUCACAUGGAUUUUUCGUUUUUGGUGUUGACAUCCUGUUUCCAGUGUAUUCUGCCCAUUCUACACCCCAGGAGGCAUCAAGAAGGAAGAACAUCGGUGAUGCACUUGAGAAAUACUACAGUCAGUUAAUUUGGCUGCAGUCCUACAUGCGGAACCAGACGCUAUCGACGAUAGCAUGGGACAAGUUAGCUCUCGUUUGUCAUUCGGCUGGAUGUGAUGACACCCUCAGACUUAUCCUCGGAAAUCGUACAAUGUACUCGGCGUCAGUUUUCCUGGAACCCUACAGCAAAAAUGUUAAGACAAAGAUGGGUUUCCAAAUGCCUGCAUUGAUGUAUGGAACUCAGCUCUCGGAGGAAGGACUGCCAUGUGCAAUUAAAGGCUUUGACUGGAACCAGUUUUACGACGUCUGGCAAUGCCCGAAAAUAAAACUAGAAGCUAGUGGAUUUGGACACUGUGAUAUUCUCGACCCUGAGGCGUGGGAAGUAUGCCACCUUACCCAUUUCUGCAAGACGACAAAUAACACACGACUAUCCGAAUAUCGGCAGUUCGUCCAGGGCGCUGUCUCCAGUUUCCUGAUGACUACUCUACAGGGGCGUACUGACGCCUUGUCUUACAUAUCGGACAUUCGAAAAAUUCCAUUACCUGUCAUGGAUUUGAAGACUGAAUUCAAUUGUUCAACGAUUCAUUAGAAGUAUCGAGAAAAAAUAUUGCAAGUGUAGAACGUUUGUGUAUAUAUCGGCAUUCAUAUCUUUUAAUCUGUGCAGAAUACAGUCUUCGUUCAUAUUGUCUCUGACUCCUCGAGCGUCCUAUUAACAGCCAGGGUCAUUUAAGGAUGUUCUUGGAUGAAGCACGGCAAAAUCGUAGGCUUUGUUAGUUACAGACAGAAACCAAUUAAUAUUUAAUAUUGAAAAGUCAACAUGAAACCAAAGAUGGUCAGUCUGAAACGGUCAACAUGUUAUACAAGAGCCUGUGUUUCUUUUUAAAGAGCUGCUGCAGGUAAAUUAUUGUUAUGACUCGCACAUGCUUCCUGCUCAAGAUCUCAUAAACAAUAAAAUUCGGGCCAAUUUUGGUUGGCCAGUAACAAAAUUCAAAAAACGAUCACCAUAU